UGGGCGUGACGUCAUGCCGCUGCGUGUGUCGUCACGCUGAACGUCGCGUCCCGUUCAGUGCCGUGAAUAAAGUAGUUUCGCGGUGUCCGGUGAUCAUGAUCGGGAGUGUGAUGUUUUACGUGCUGUACCCUCUCUCGAGGCUCCUCGGCAGGGUUUCAGAAUUGUGACACAAGGCUCCAUCUGUGUACAUUAAUGGCAAAGAGGUUUGGGAUGGUGGUGGUGCUCUUUCUGGACAGCAGCAGACAGGCCUGUUACUGCAGUGGGACAGCACAGUAAAAACAUCCACCGGUCCUGAUCAAAAAGACCACACGGACACUGAGAGUCCUCACGGAGCGCUGGGAGAUCUACUGGAGCUCAAAAAGAGACCAGAGGAGUUGGACGAGGAGGAAAUGCAUGAAGAUGUGCACAAACCACUGCAUUACGUCAAUCAGAUGGAAGCUCCUGCGGCAUCUGCGAGUGAUGGAAACAGUGGUGUGAGAGCCGGUCAGUGGUCAGAGAGGACACACAGUGACAUAAACCUCUCAGAAUCAGCACUAGAAGAACCAAAUGAUGGAGAUCCUGUGAAGAAUGAGUCUGUGUUUCCCAAUAUUGAGUUUCAGAGUCACUCAGACAUUGAUAAUAUGCUCUCUGCAUUCAACCAUCUUGGUGUAUGUGAUGACCCUGAGGUGGAUUCAUCGAUGUCAGAUGGAUUCACUCAUCCCAGCGCUGAUAUCUUCCUGGGGUUUGAUUCUGACGCUGGGAAUGAAGCCCUUGGCAGCCCAGUGUUUGAUUUGGCAGCUUUGCUUGCAGACUCUCAGCAGGUCCAGACACCAGCGGAGCCCAUCGGGUGGCAUUUUCCUGUAGGCCUCGGGCUCUCACAGAUGUGUUAUUGCCCUUACGUGCAGUUUCCUGACGUCAGCUACUAUCCUGCGCUUCAGGACAAUAUUGAAGUGAUGUGGCGGGUGUGGGAGGACCUUAGUGAAACCCACACCGGCACCUGUGCAGACACAGCUGCUGUGUUUGACUUCAGCAUCAUGUCUUACAACAUCCUGGCUCAGGAUCUGCUAGAAGCGAAUCCACAGCUGUACACACACUGUCCAGAGGAAGUGUUAGUGUGGGACCAGCGGCUCCGGACCAUCCUGAAGGAGCUCCAGAUCUGGCAACCUGACAUUAUUUGUCUUCAGGAAGUUCAAGAAGAUCACUUCCUAGAGCAGAUCUAUCCUGUCCUGACUGACAUGGGUUACACCUGCAUCUACAAACAACGCACCGGCACUAAAACAGACGGAUGUGCAGUGUGUUAUCGCAGCAAUCGCUUUUCCCAGCUUUCCAUCAAUCUGCUGGAGUUUCGCAGAUCAGACUGUGAGCUGUUGGAUCGUGAUAACGUGGGCAUCGUGCUGCUCCUUCAGCCGACGGCAGGGCAGAAUGAAGCGUUCAGCCCCAUAUGUGUGGCCAACACACACCUACUGUUCAACCCCAGGAGAGGAGAUGUGAAGCUCGCCCAGCUGGCCAUCAUGUUUGCUGAGAUCGACACCAUGAUCAAGAAAUGCAGGAGUGAAGGAAGACACUGUGAGGUGGUUUUAUGUGGGGACUUUAACGCUUUACCCAACAGUCCUCUGUGGAAUUUUAUCACCACCGGACAGCUGUACUACCACGGGUUACCUGCCUGGAUGGUUUCAGGUCAGGUGGAUUUGUCGUAUAAAGUCCAUCACACGAGGCUUUUCGCCCCCUUGUGGCCCAACAGCCUCGGCAUCAGUGACGACUGUCAGUACAGUUCUGACACACAGAGCACAGCUUCAGAUAAACGGCAGUACAGUGCUGAGUUUCUGUGUCAGCUGCGAUACAGUCCGGCGGCGUGUGUGCGUCCUGCUGAUCUGGAGCUCAUACCAGGAGUCUCUGACAGAACACCAGACCCAGGAGACAUGGACGUGUUUGGCCCAAGGUUCAGACGCACGUUACAUCACGAGCUGAGCCUGAGGUCUGCUUACAGUCACGUCCAGCCUGAGACGCAGACGGCUGUGGUCAGCACUCUGAACUCUGAGGGAGGAGCGAUGGUGGACUACAUCUUCUUCUCCACCCGCAGGACCGGCUCUGCUGCAGCUGAAGAGCGUGCUGCAGGACUGAAGCUGCUGGGUCGUCUGUCUCUGCUGUCAGAGGCUGAUCUCUGGUCUCUGCGAGGACUUCCUAACGAAGCCUUUCCCUCUGAUCAUCUCAGUCUGAUCGUCAAGCUCCAGCUUCCUCCUGUCUGACCCCAACUUUUGACGAAUAAAUCCAUAUGUCUGGAUCAUUUAGGUUUGCCUACAAGACUGCUCUCCAGCAGAAGCCUUGAAUCAAGAGGUUUUUAGAAACCUAAUCUGGUGUGUAAGAGUGUUUCUGAGCUGCUGCUCUCACCCUCGGUGGCAGCGAUAGUGAAUCCGUC